AUGUCUUACCUAGGAUCAAAGGCCGUCAAAUGUCUUGCAGCAGGCAUAGGUCUCGUUUCGGAAUCUAUAUCUGCACACAAGGCAAAGAACGUGCAACAAACGCAGUUAAGCGAGGAAAACAAUCAGCCAACAAGGAGUCUCUCAGAAGGCAGCACACGCGACUCACAUGAGCAUGAAGGCGGACAUCUCCCCCAAGAGAGAACCGCGAUAGACGCCUUGGAAGAGCAGUGGGAGCUCGACGAGGCCCAAGACGAACUAAGGCGCAGCCCAGGAGACAAAGAAAGUCCUCCAGACUAUAACGAAGCCCAAGAAGCCGUUGACGAAGUGAGUCUGGCUCACCGGUUUGCAUCUGAGUAUCCGCCUCCUGCAUACUCGCCGACUGAUGACAUCCCCGUACCGCAACUACCUGCGCCAAUUCUAUUGCCUCAGCGCAGGCCAAAGAACCGCAAGCGCGGCUUCGUUCGUGCCUAUGCACCGGACCUUGCCGACUUUGGUAUCGACCAGCCUAUGUUCUCUGAUUUCCUGGAUACUGCCGAGAAGGCUUGUCAGGGAGCGCGUUGGUUGAAUGCAAUUAACCUGGCAUCGAUUGGAACGAUGUUUAUGCCCAGUGCUACGGGAAUUGCUGUGUCUAUUGCCAUCCAGAUCGCUACUGAUGUUGCAAUUGCUGUAGAUGGAGCCCGGAGGACCAACACAUUCUUUGAUAAGCUGAAUCAAGAGUUCUUCCAGCCCCGUGGUCUCUUCUGCCUGGUCAUGACUUGGAAUCCUGAGUUACCGGAUGCCCCGUCUACGACUUUGGAUUUGAACUCCCUGAUCUUCAAGGCUACAGACAGAGGUGGUUCAGACAUGCUCAGCCGUCUUCGGCACAAGUUCAAGUCCUCCGACGGGAAAGGAUUUAUCUUCCCCGAGGUAGCACCUUUGGUAUUCCCAGAGCUUGACCAGCUGGCCUCGGACGAAGAUGCAGAAAAGAAGCUCUCAAAGACCAAGAAGAAGAGGGAGUUCGUGAGCAACUACUGGGACAAGCGAGCCCAAGCUAAAUUCGCAACAAACAAUCCUGACAGUAAUUUAACCCAAGGACCAAAGCCCACAUUUACCUCGCGCUAUGCCGAUCCCAAUCACCCUGCCAGCAGCGGCGACCUGCUUGCUCUGGUGACUGGAGGCCAUCUCUCCAUGGACAAAUUGCAGCGCCUGAAGGGUGCUCGUCCAGGUCUAGGACGUACUCGCGGUUCAUACAAUCAGGAACCAUACGCCAGCCAUAACUACUCUUACUCACAAAAUGAAUCGCGGUCUAACCCUCCCGCUCCUCAUGCUCCUCAUGGGCGACCUCUGGGGAUGGGUAUCAUUGGAGAAUUGAGGGGUGCACGAGACUCCCGCUGUCCCAGACAGAGAGGUUCUUAUGGCUCGAGUGCGUACCAGGCUCAAACUGGUGAAUACAGAGUGUUUGAUCGACGAGCUCGUGGUGACCGCGGGCAAAACAUUGGCCUUCUUACGCCGAUUGCGAAACUGCGUCAGCAAACGGUCUUAUACUUGGCCAUUGUCAAUAUGCCGUCUGAAGCUGAAAUGGCCCAGGCUCGUGAAGCCUUGGGUGCAUGA